CUGCGGCUCCUCAGCCCCCAGGCCUUCUCCCUCACUGUCUGGAACUUCCUCACCAUCCUGCAGGAGCACUUCGGCAGCAUGGCAGGGGCCAACACGUACCUCACGCCACCUGGGACGCAGGGCUUCGCCCCCCACUAUGAUGACAUCGAGGCCUUUGUGCUGCAGCUGGAGGGGAAGAAGCGCUGGCGCGUCUACAGCCCCCGGACGGAUGCUGAGGUGCUGCCCCAGUUCUCCAGCGCAAACCUCACACAGGCCGAGCUCGGUGAGCCUGUGCUGGAGACGGUGCUGGAGGCUGGGGACCUGCUGUACUUCCCCCGUGGCUUUAUCCACCAGGGCAACUGUCUCCCUGAUGCACACUCGCUCCACAUCACGGUGUCCUCCUACCAGAGGAACUCUUGGGGGGACCUGCUGGAGAAGCUCCUCCCAGCUGCCCUGCAGAUGGCCCUGGAGGAGGAUGUGGAGUACCGGCAAGGGCUUCCCAUGGACUACCUGGGGUACAUGGGGGUGGCCAACUCGGACACAGUGGAUGCUCGCCGAACAGCCUUUAUGGAGAAGGUGCAGAGCCUGAUAAAGAAACUCAUUGACUAUGCACCUAUUGAUGCUGCCGUGGAUCAGAGAGCCAAGUCAUUUCUUCAUGACUGUCUCCCCCCAGUGCUUACGCAGAGUGAAAAGGCGCAGAGUGUGUACGGCUUCCCAGCCCGCUGGCAAGAUGGAGGCCCCUGUGAUGUCGAUAUACUGAUCACAAAAGACACAGAAGUACGUCUCCUCCGCCAUGGCAUCAUUAGAUUGUGUAAUGAAGCAGCAGGUGUGAUGCUGUAUUACGCAACAGAAAACUCAAGAGUGUAUCACAAGGAAGAACCCAAGUUCCUUGAGAUAGAUCCUGAGUAUACCGACAGCAUUGAACUUCUCCUGUCUUCCUAUCCAAACCACGUCACUGUGGAUACCCUCCCAUGUGAAACCUUGGAGGACAAGAUAUCUCUAGCCACGCUCCUGUUUGAGAAGGGCAUUCUGACUACGAAGAAGCCUCUGGUGCAAGUGUAACUAAUUUUUAACAAAAUAAACACACAUUGUUGAGAAA